UUAGUCCGGCACUGGGGGGAAGAAGUGGGUCGAGCAGGGUACCGAGAGCUUUCUCGCUCGGCUCCAGCGGGCCACUCGCCCUCGUCGUUUCCUGCGCCACCGUGGCUCUUGGGAGCAGACGGGGUGACGGGAGAAGUCGUGGCCGGGCGGACAAUAGGGGGCUCGGAGGAAGGAUGCAGACGCGCUGGGCCGUCGCCUUGCUGUUGGUCCUCCUGGCUGUAGCCGCCACGGCUGGGAAGAAGGACAAGCGGGGGGAGAAGAAGGCGAAGAAGGUGGACUCGGACUGCGAGAAGUGGAAGUGGGGCGCCUGCGUGCCCAACCAGCUGGACUGCGGGCCCGGCACGCGGGGCGGCACCCGCGGCGGUGCCGAGUGCAAGCAGACCAGCAAGACCCUGCAGUGCAAGAUCCCGUGCAACUGGAAGAAGCCGUUCGGAGCCGACUGUAAGUACCGCUGGCAGAACUGGGGCGAGUGUGACGCCACCACCAAGAUGAAGACUCGCCAGGGCACCCUGAAGAAGGCCAUCUUCAACGCCGAAUGCCAGCAGGAGGUGACCGUGUCGAAGCCAUGCGGCAAGAAGGGCAAGUCCAAGGCUAAAGCGUCAAAAAAGAAGGGCAAGGAGGGCAAGAACAAGGGAGGCUCGAACUGAACGCCCCCCCCAACCCCACCGCGCCGUGCCCUGCCACGGAACGUCUUCACGGGGGUCAGGCCAACAAGUCCGUCCGCAAAAUGUCUGGCCGACACUGGGAGAACAGCCACACUAAUGGGGUCCACGAGCUCGACGACAGCAUUCGGUGAUUAACGCUAGCACAUUACACACACACAUUACACACACACACAUUACACACACACACACAUUACACACACACACAUCACACACACACAUUACACACACA